CUUUUACUGUCCAGGGGCCCAGUAAGGCCUCCAGAGGCCGAGAGUGGCCAAGCGCCAUCCGUCGUCGUUGUUUUUGUCGCGCGACGCGGUCUGGUCAGCGGAGCUUCUGCCCCCUCUGGACCAGCCCCUGGGCUUCCUCUUUGUCCGCCGGCGGUUGCGGAUGGGCCGCGGCGGCUGCGGCUUCGGAGCGCGGCGGGGAUGGGCAAGGCCGCCCCGCAGGAGAGGGUGUCCGAUUACAAGCUGCGCGACUCGGAGGGCAAGCUCCAGGACUUCAAGCGCAAGCUGCUCAGCUUCGACUUCUACAGGGACAUCGUGUCGGAGGGCCGCCUGGAGGCGAAGGACGGCGGCAAGGACGACGCCGAGACUGAUGCCCAGAAGCUCGCGAAGAAGUACAACCUGACAGAGAUUCCGAUCCACUUCGAGGACGUCCAGCACUACAUCGACGUGGUGGAGCCCCUCUUCUGGAUGGAGACGAUGCAGCAGGUUCAGCGCGACAAGGAGACGGACAUGCCCGCAGAGUGUGAGCAAAUCCAGUUCACAGGCCUCUCGGAGGGCAGGGGCGACAGUCUCGGGGAGCUGAGGUUCCAGCGCAGGUCAGCCGCCGCGCAGGCCAUUCCGAUCUCCUCCCAGGACCUGGUGCUGCUCACCCAGGGUAGCGACCCCAGGAGGGACAAGGAGCACCUGCAUCUCCUGGGCUACGUCGAGUCUUCCUGGGGCGUGAGCCUCACGGUCACCGUGGUCGUGCAGAGCUCCACCGGGGACGUGAGGUUCGUGGAGGUCGUGAAGAAGCUGCUCGAGCAGGGCCGCGAGAACAUGACCUCCGACGCGAGACAGUGGGGCAUGGCAAAGGUGACUGCGCUGGCGACCAUGGCGCGUGAGUUCGAAGCCCUCUACUCGCUUCCGAGGCUCCCCCUGCGGGACAUGAUCGUGAACAGGGAAGACAGCAGGUCGAAAGACUCGGGGAUGGAGAUGCAGGGGGCUGGCGCGAUCAUAGAGCCGAAGUCGGCUGUGCAGGCAGCGGAGGACGUGGACGGGCUGCCGCCGCCCCUGAAGGACGACGGCAGGAAGCUCGUGGUCCCGGAAACUGUGGACAAGGCGCUGCGUGCGAGACACAACGGGCCGCAGAUGGAGUCGAUCCAGGAGUCCUGCAAGGUGAGCGGCAUCACGCUGGUCCAGGGCCCGCCGGGGACCGGCAAGACCACCACGAUCCUCGGCAUCCUGUCGGUGCUGCUGUCGGCUACGGCUAAGGCCAGCAAAGCAGUCUACUACGGGGCCCGCUCGGGCGCUGGGCGCGAGCGUGGCGCUGCCGAGGACUCGGAGUCCUCAGAUGAGGACGCCGCCUCCAUCGAGGCCAGAAGGCUCGAGCGGGUGCACACUCUGCGAGCCCGCACCAGGUGGUUGCAGGGCAAGUUCGUGCCGUGGCAGGACGCGCUGGAGCAAAAUGUGCCAGUGAGCGGCACCAAGCGCUGGAGGGAGCCUUACCCGAAACUGAGCCACAGCGAGAUCACACCAAUGAGCGAGGUGCAGGAGGACGUCACUCCCAAGAAGGUGCUCGUCUGCGCGCCGUCCAACGCCGCUAUCGACGAGGUCGUGCGGCGGGUGGUGCGAAACAAGUUGAUCAACAGUAGCGGCUUGUUGGAAACGCCCUCGAUAGUGCGGCUGGGUCAGAACGUCCACCGUGAUCUGGAGGACUACGGCCUCGAUAACAUCGUGAAGAGGCGCGUUAAGUCGGGCCAGCUCGCGAACAAGGCUGAGCAAGACGAAGAGAGGCUUAAAAUUCUCAAGAACGCAAAGUUGGUGUGCAUGACGCUCAGCAUGAGUGGGCACCGCGAUAUGGUGGGCUUUCCUGGGGACUUCGACACAGUCGUAAUCGACGAGGCUUCCCAGGGAGUCGAGAUGAGUACGCUGGUGCCCCUGAAGCUGGGCUGCCGCCGCCUGAUCCUGGUAGGCGACCCGCAACAGCUGCCAGCAACCUGCUUCUCAGGUCUGGGCAUGAACCACAAGUACAAUAGGAGCUUGUUCGAGCGUCUCCAGGAAUCGCAACACAAGGUCUGCAUGCUGUCCAUGCAGUACCGCAUGCACCCCCUCAUAAGCGCUUUCCCGUCGGCCAACUUCUACGACGGGAAGCUCACUGACGGAAAGGGCGUGGAGGAGUACGAGAGGGAAAACCCAGCGCCCUGGUCCAAGGUCAACUGCUUCGCGCCAGUUGUGUUCUUCGACCUGAAAGGCACCAUGGAGACCUCGAUGCAGUCAUUCAUCAAUCUCGAGGAGGCAAUGUUCAUCGUACACCUCUUCGAUACUGUCUCGAAGCUGUACCCACCGGCCAAAGCAUGGUGUGACAGAUUCGCGGUGAUCUCCCCCUACAGGGAGCAGGUCAUGUUGAUCCGAGCGAAGUUCAAUGCGUAUUUCCAGCUGGGGACGAAGGAGGCCUGCCCAAUUGAUGUCAACACGGUGGAUGGCUUUCAAGGUCGCGAGAAGGAGUGCGUCGUUCUGAGUGCCGUCCGCGCGGACGCUAGUAAAGGAAUCGGCUUCGUCCGAGACAAGCGGCGCAUGAACGUCGCCUUCACUCGCGCGCGCACGAACCUGUGGGUAGUCGGAGCGGCACGCGUGCUUUCCAGGAACGAGGACUGGAGGAACUUCAUCAAGAAACAGGCCGAAGACAUGCGCCUGCUGCGGGUCGGCGAGAGCAGCAGUAUGUGGCUCCCCGGCUACACCGUCAGGUGGCGCGCGCGGCACCCGGCGGAAGCCGAGACCCUGCCGGCGGAGGCGAGGGGGGUUCUCGAUGCGUGGGAGAAGGCUGGCGAGGGGAAAGAGGCGGCGCUCGCGGAGGGCGACGCCGUCGGCGCGGGCUUCACCUGGUCGGGCGAGGAGCUGGACGAGUUCCGGCAGAGGGACAUCGACGCGGCCCUUCGGAAUAGGAAGGACGUGGAGGAGGCGCCCUCUGAGGACGCUAGCUCGAUCGAGGAGUACGACCGCGACGCGGUCAUGCUAGACGACGAGCCCACCUUCGCAGGCGACGGUGGGGCGGACGAGCAGAGACCGAGUAAGGUGCAGCGCCUGGAGGAGGCGAACGCGGAGAGCGGGAACGAGGGAGAGGGCCUGUAGGCCCCCGUGCCUCCGGCGGCUGCCGUGCCCUGUCCGCGGCGCGAUUGUGGCCGCCCUGACGGCCACAUCUUCCUCCAGCGGCCGUCCCGCGCUGGAGCGCCUGGGGCCGCGCGCAGGUGCGGCGCGGCGCCAGCGGCGCUGGCGGCUGCGGUGCCCUGGCCGCUUCGCGAUGCGGUUUGCCCUGCUGGUCGCCCUGCCAGCCGCGCUGACCCUUCGGUGCCCACCGCGCCUUCGGGCCGUGGCGCCGUCGCGCGGCGCCGCGGCGCCAGCGGCGGCUGCUGUGGCGCCACGCCCGGGCGCGCUGCGCGCCGCG